AGCGGAGAAGCGACGGCGCUGCUCGGUGCGGCGCAGCUCGGGCUCCCCCCCUUUCCCCUUAGCCGGGCGAGAGGUGUCUAUGGGGCACCCUCUGCCGCCGCCGCCGCUACCGCCGCCGCCUCAGCCGCCGGGUGCUUUCUCUAUGGCGAGGAGGAAGAGGAGAAGCGCGAAUUCAUCGACACGGGUACACAAAUAAAGGAUAAAGUAUUUUAUGAAAGAAAUCUUCAAUCAAGUAUAACAUUUUGAUGCUUGGCAUCUAAACUCCUUUGUGCCCUCACUAUGCCAGCAGCGACUGUAGAUCAUAGCCAAAGAAUUUGUGAAGUUUGGGCUUGCAACCUGGAUGAAGAGAUGAAGAAAAUUCGUCAAGUUAUCCGAAAAUACAAUUACGUUGCUAUGGACACUGAGUUUCCAGGUGUGGUUGCAAGGCCCAUUGGAGAAUUCAGGAGCAAUGCUGACUAUCAGUACCAACUGUUGCGGUGUAAUGUCGACUUGUUAAAGAUAAUUCAGCUAGGACUGACGUUUAUGAAUGAACAAGGAGAAUACCCUCCAGGAACUUCAACUUGGCAGUUUAAUUUUAAAUUUAAUUUGACGGAGGACAUGUAUGCUCAGGACUCCAUAGAGCUACUGACAACAUCUGGUAUCCAGUUUAAAAAACAUGAGGAGGAAGGGAUUGAGACCCAGUACUUUGCAGAACUUCUUAUGACAUCUGGAGUUGUGCUCUGUGAAGGGGUCAAGUGGUUAUCAUUUCAUAGUGGUUAUGACUUUGGCUAUUUAAUCAAAAUCCUGACCAACUCUAAUUUGCCUGAAGAAGAACUUGACUUCUUUGAGAUUCUGAGAUUGUUUUUCCCUGUCAUAUAUGAUGUGAAGUACCUCAUGAAGAGCUGCAAAAAUCUCAAGGGUGGUCUGCAGGAAGUUGCUGAACAGUUAGAGCUGGAACGGAUAGGGCCACAACAUCAGGCAGGAUCUGAUUCAUUACUCACAGGAAUGGCCUUUUUCAAAAUGAGAGAAAUGUUCUUUGAAGAUCAUAUUGAUGAUGCCAAAUAUUGUGGUCAUUUGUAUGGCCUUGGUUCUGGUUCAUCCUAUGUACAGAAUGGCACAGGGAAUGCAUAUGAAGAGGAAGCCAACAAGCAGUCAUGACAUGAAAUAGUCCUUUUAUUUUUAUUUUAUUUGAGCUACACACAUGCUUGUAUAUAGGUUUUAUCUCUGGUUGAAUCCUUGAACAAUAGAUAAUACCUUUUUCAUAGCCCAUUUUAUUUUCUAUCUUUCAGAACUAAGUAUGACCAUUCCUAUCUCAUAUCUUAAUAAAUAGAAAAAUAUUCAGGUUAAAUUUGGCCUUAACAUAUUGUUCUUAUUAGCAGGUGUGUAUAACAAAGAGUGGGAAAGCUACAUCAUAUAGAGUAUUUUGAUAAACUUUACCUACCUGAACUCAGUUUGUUUUUCCUCUUUCCUAAAUUAACUAGCACUGACUAAUUUAUUUCCCCAUUUCAUGUCUCCCUUCCAUUCUACAGGAGUUUUAGAUAUUUGAGAUUGUGGACCAUCAAUUUUGCACUUUAGAGAGUGAUUCUGACUCAAAUCCUCUGUUUUAUUAGUAACUUUGGAUUUUCUUGCUCUUAGCUGGAAAAAACGACCACCUGCCAACCUAAUACAGUAUUUAAUUGUUUCUGACCCAUGGAAUAUAGCACAUGCAUUGUAUAAACGGUUGAUUCAGAAAGACUUGUGGGGGGGAAAGGACAAAAAACUACUGAGGAACUUAGUAACUGCUGUUUCUGUACGUAGUGUUUAAUCUUCCAAGCACACCUAGUGUCUGUCGGUUUCUAAUUGGCAUGUGUAGGCUGCUCAGACUGAACAGUUUUUCAAACCAGCUUUACACCCUUCAGGAAAAAGCCCUUGAAAUUGGAUGUUUAGUGUCUGCCAGGAAACUGGUAUCUACAAUAUUGAAGCUGCAGUUAUUUUAUAAUAGCACACUUCCCUGACCUACUUUGUUUUAUUCCAUCACUUAACCUUAUUUUAAAAUAUUUUAAUUUUUAUAGCUAUACUUACAAUAUUCUUGAUUUUUUUGAUUCCACAAAUCAAUUUCAUUAAAGUCCAAAGAUAGCAAAUCUAUAGGUAUAUUUUGUACCAAAUUAGAAGAUAAAAAAUUGUGCUCUCAUAGUUGUUAGCAAAGGUAAAUAGAUAUCUGGUGCAAUGCAAAACAACAAAACAAAACAAUAUAUAGAUAUAUAAAAUUACCUGAGGAGUGUAAUGCUGUUUAUUUUUUUGUGUAUAUCUUUGCGAUCUAUUUUAUAUAUAUUGACAAAAGAGACUGUGAACUAUUUAGCCAUGCAGAAUAUGUGACCAGACCUGAGCAUGUGUAGGAAGACCUUUUGGUAAUCAUUAAUUCUAUACUCAGAUGAUGGACUGCAGGUUAUGAUGUGUUAUCUACACUUCAAUCAGUAAUAUUAGCAAAUCUCCAAAUGUCAGCCACAUUGGUUUGUUUCUCUUGUACAUUCUUUAUUCAUAAUAUUACAAUGCUGUAACUGGGCGGUCCUUUUUAAACAAAACAUUAUUUGCAAAACAGAGGGUAUUAUUUGUUUUUAAAGCUUUUGUAAAUAAAGGCUUCAGAAAUGUUUUCAUACA